AAAACGAAACGCGCAGAUCUGCACGCAGCUUCAUCAGUGAAGUCGAUCUGCACUAGUAGAGUUUAUUAUAUAGCUAAAAGAUGGAGAAGAGAAGGAGCGAAUCGGCGGCCAGUAGUAUAGCCACAGCUUGGCAUCAAGCAUCGUUGACGUCUUGGCGGGGAUCUACGAGAGCAUAAGUAGUGUAUACAGUAUAUAGCACACACAUCGCCCAUAGUCAUAGCGGAGCGCCUCGUCGAAGCACGUAUAUAUAUAUAUAUAUAUAUAUUCCGCUCAUUUAUCCCCUAAUAAGUAUACGGUACGCUAUAGUGUAACAUAGUAAAACCGCGAGUGCGCGCGCCCUCAUGGUAUACAUACGUCAGCUGUGUGUUUUUAUUGUUGCGCGAGCUAGAAGCGCACCGAACCUUAGCUUAAGUAUAUAAGCUGCAUGCUGCUGCUGCUGCUCGUCGAAUAAACAACAUCGCAGUCGCGGACGUAACGCGUGACGAGUGAAAAUUGCUGCAAAAAAACGCCGAGAGUGUGUGUGUGGCAUCACGGAAUAUUGAGUAGCAGCUAUAGUGGCUGACUGCAUAUCAGUCGCGCGAGAUUUCGCAGUUCUAUCCUACGUAUACUAAGUAUUUCUACUCGUAUACUCUAGCGGCCAGACUCAACGAGAAGGCAACUAUAAAUACCAUGAACAAAAAUGGACCACCACCUCCGUAUGAUCCCCCUCCGACAGCACCUCCUAGCUAUGCACAGUGUGUGGGCGGUGUACCACCGGCAAGUCCAUUUACACCGGCUGAAACAUAUGUCAAUGGGCCUACAAUAGUGACAACUAUAGUGCCACUUGGACCUGGUUCAACGCAUACGAUAUGCCCGCAUUGUUAUGCUGAAAUUGACACUGCAACCAGAACUGAGCCUGGAAUGGUGGCUUAUAUUUCGGGAUUUAUAAUUGCACUUCUAGGAUGCUGGGCUGGUUGUUGUUUAAUACCAUGUUGCAUUGAUGAUUGCAUGGAUGUUCACCACACAUGCCCAAAUUGCAAGGCCUAUCUGGGUCGUCAUAGAAGAUAAAUUUAGCGUAAUUAAACUGACGUCUUAUCGCCAUGGGAUUUUUCGAAACUUUGCGGGAAUGCUUGCGUAUAGGUAUACACUAAUAGAGAUGCUUAAUUUACCACUAUUAUUGACAAAAUGGAAGUACUAUUUAGCAAUCGUUUUUCGCACAAAAACAUUCCUAAUAUGAGAGUAUACUUUUUAUAAGAAUCAUCUAUUAUCUCAAUAUUAGAAACUUAUUGAAAGUAUAAAUUUAAAUUUCAAAAAAUGGCUAUAAUUUUCAAUUACCUAUUGAACAUUUUGAAUUGUAUAAGCUUUUUCAAACCAUUUAUUCAAACAGCAUUAGGAGAAUAAUCAUUUUAAAAAUAAAAUGUAUAAAAAAUAUAAAAAACACAAGGAUUGUUAAACAAAAGCAAUGAUAUCAAACUUAAACAUACGUUAAUUCUAUAUUCUAUAUACUUCUAAUUUAUUAUUUAAUUUAUUAGUUGAUGAUGAAAUACUUGCCAUUAUCACUUAAAUUCGUUAAUCUAUUACCAAACACUUGAAGAACAACAUUUUCAACUUAAAGCAAUUGAAGCGUAUACACACACCCAUAUUACAAAAUAUCUUUACUUUACAUAAUUUUUUUAUGAUUCUAUGAUGCAUUUUUGAAGAUUUACUUUUGUUUGUAUUAAAAAUCACCAAUUUAUAUAAUAUUUAUACACUUGAGUGGGCAUGUUCAUACGCAUAGUAGUACAAAGCAAAAUAAUUUUUUAUAGAUUUUUAACUUCUUAAAAGUUACAAAUAUCAAUCAAUCUAUUGCUCAAAUUUUGUGAAUUUUAUAUAACAAAAAACUUGUAUGUACAGCUUUAAUAUAAUAAUAUUUCUAUUACUACUAUUUAUCUUUCGUAUAAUACGAUAUCUUAUCAACAGCUUCGUUAAGCUAAUUUAAAAAUAAAAAAACUUUCAACUUUAUACAAGAGAAAUUACCAUAUAAUAUCUAUUAUAUGAGUGCUUGUAAAUUUUUCUUUUCUAUUUACUACUUAUAUUUAAGUUUCUAAUCUAAAUGUUACUAAAAUAUUUAAAAAUAUCAAUUACAAAAAUAUUUUUAAUAUUCGUUUGGAAAUUAAUCUAUAAGAUUAAAAUUGUUAACUCAGCAAUUGAUUGGUCGAUUUUGCACCAAUAUGUUUUUUUAUGAAUAUACUACACAACAAAUUAUUCAACAUUUUUUAUUUUUAAAGCUGUCAGAUAAAAGUAAAUGAUACACAUAUACAAAUAUUUAAAAGAAAUGGUUGUAACUUGGACUGCCUAAGAUAAAAGCACGAUUUUAUAAAUAUAUAUACAAAGUUACGCAAAAAUAGAAUACGAAAGACUUAUAUUACUUGUUCAAGUCUUUUUACAAGGAAGAGAUUCUUUAUCAUUGACAAGUAAAUGUAUAUUUAUGGCAUACAUAUUACUGCUACAUUAACUGCGCAAAUAGAGAACGAACUGUUAAUUAAGUAAACUAGUGAAAAAUACAUUACACCGUAAAAGUUUUUGCGCUAAAUUAAGCGUUCUUACUGUUUUGGCAAAUCUAUAAGAACUCAAUUAUUUUUGUAACUUUUCAACGUAAAAGUGAAUUAUGCAAUGUGAUUAUUUAUAAGAACAUACUAUUAUUUAAUAAUUUUAUACCAAAGAUAUCGUGCACUGCAUUACAAUGAAAAAAAAUCGUGUGUAUUUUCAAUGUUUGCUUGAUUUAAAAAUGCAAAAAUUUUUACUGUGUAGAGUCAAUAUAUUUAUUUUGAUUAAUUCAAUGUUUGCUUAGGUGCCUUAAAAAAUUAUGUGCAAUUGUACUAAAAAUGUAUAAUAAACGUUAUAAAAAAAAGUAAAAAUAAUCCAAAUCAAAUAUUAAAACAAUAAACAAAACCAUAACAAUGACUAAUGUGUAAAAGUUAAUUUUCAUGUAAUACAUUAUACUUGUACACAAGUAAUGUAUUUGCCAAGACCAUUAAAAUAGUUACCUUAUACAAAAAA